AAAAAAAUUUGCAAGCUGCAAAAUUCAGUUGAAUUUACUCAACUUCCGGAACGUAAACAAUUUUUGGCGGAUUUUCCUCGAUACUCGUUAGAGACUCGCUCACUAAGCACAAUUCAUGUACUUCGCUUACCAGCACUGCGCCAAACAGCUGACGGCAGCUGUCAAACGCAAAUCAACCAGUGAUGUGUCAACAGCGGACGUGGUUUCCUAGCAUUUAGCAUUUACAAAGAAAUCUAUUAAUUAUUGCAUUAAGUAAAGUGGCUGCCUUACUAUUCCAAUUCGACCUUUGAUAAAUGUAGCAACCAAUUCCAAAAAGACGUACCCACCAAAUAAAAUGGACAUAACGCAAAAAUUCAAAGCCGGUGUAAUGACAGUGAAACUGCAACGCAAAGGUGAGCUCCCACCGCAGCCAUUGGACAAACAACGAAUUCUAUCUAAAAGCGGCGUUGGACUUUCUGCCGGACAACGUGACGAAUUCUCACGCCAAGCAAAGGAUGUGUGCCACAAAAUAACCACAUUGCGUAAUGUGCUGGUGGAGAAUAGGGCGGCGUACAUGCGCAUCGGUCAACACCUGAAGAGUGCGACACACAUGACGGACGAACAACGCGACCUCAUAGACCGGGAGUCGGAAAAGUUUGUUACAUUUUACACCCAACACUUGGCACAAAUGCGUGCCGAUUGGAAACGUGCAAAAAGAAAACCACAACAGCAGCAACAUAUGGAGGCAGUACUAGAUUUAUUAGAACGCUAUUUGCGCAGUGUGCAGCAAAUCUAUUUGGAUCAAAAACGUUAUCGUGUACAGUAUGAGCUGGAAACGUAUAAGUUAUUAAAAUUGGCAGCUGAUAAAAAGAAGAUACCAGUGCGUCCGGCUGGUGAGCACAGUGGGCGACGCGUGAUACGGCACUCUCCAAGUAGUACCACCGACGAUGAAGAUAUUCCUGAUGAUUUACGACCACAAAAAAGCUUGAGUGAUGAAGCUUUAGACUUGCAAGGUGAUUGGCUAGAUGAUGAUGAUUUCGGUGACAAUGACCGCGGCAACAAAAAAGUCAUUAAUAAUGCAGCCGAUGGUAAGUUGAAUGGUUAUAGUUACGUUGAUAAAAGCACAAAAGUGAGUGGACCGCAAUUACGGCAUCGAAAUCCACAUGCUGAAGAUGAAGAAAACAUUGGUAGCGGUGGCGAGCUAAAGACGACACAAUCAUCGCAAAAGGUGGCGCUAGACGAGGACAUACAAAAAUCGCAGCAAUUAGAGGAUGAGGCUGAAGAGGCUAAGAAAGUUUCACCCGAAGAUGUGCAAAUGUACGAGCAAGAGAAUGUGCAGCUAUAUCACGAAUUGCAAGGGUUGGUGGAAGAGGUGGAACAGAUCGAGAAGAAUGUGGUGGACAUAGCGCAGUUGCAGGAUAUUUUUACUGAAAAGGUCUCACUUCAACAACACAACAUCGAACGCAUUGCCAGCGCUGUGGUCGGCGCAACAGAGAAUGUCAAAGACGCCAAUGAACAAAUCCAGCAAGCUAUACAACGCAAUGCUGGCCUACGUGUAUGGUCAUUGUUUUUCCUUUUAGUAAUGUCGUUUGCCUUACUCUUCCUCGACUGGUAUUACGAUUAAAAUCGCAGUGCCGGUGGAUUAAUUUAUGAAUAGGUAUGCAUGCGGUAUUAAAUAUGUAUUUAAGCAAAUGAGUGCACACGCACAAAAAAGAAAGAAAUCUAUAAGCAAAAUGCUGUACGUUGAUAAUUUUUGUUGUAAAUUUUAAGAUAUUGUAAUAUGUACUUGUACUCUUGGGAAUGAAAUUAUUUAUGGUAUUUUUUUUUUGUUACAGGUAGUAAUAUUAAAGUUCACUUCAAGAAUUUCUUAUUAUAUUUAGUCACAUUUGCAUAAAAUAACGGAGUUAGUUUGUGAAAGCCACAUGAAAAAUAAUUUUUGUACCAAUCUUAGCCUAAGUAAUCACAAGAUGAUAAACUAGUAACUAUAUAAUUUGUAUCGUAACAUUGCAAUAAUAAAUGGCUGUUUUACAGCACUUAGUGAACUUACGGGUAAAUGAAAA